AUGGCGAGGUCAUCGGAUUUAGCCGUUGGCAUUGGGGUUUCUAUCAUUGCUGUAAGAAAGGCUGCUCGGGCGAUACACGUCCUCCAGAUCAUCUUAAUGCAGCUUUCGUCAAAUAAUACAGUCGCCAUUGCUCAGCUCGCUGUGGACAUUGACCAUUACGAUGCGUGGACAACAGGGUUGGACUUCAUCAUUGGAAAACUAUACACCAAUUCGCUGCUAGCAUCGUUGAACACCCGGAAACACCUUCGAUCCCAGCCUUCAGGUGCCGCGUUAGAUCUAUGCAUGAGUGCCAGCCACUUCGCGAUCCCUCCACGAUCCCUCCGGAGCUUUUGGGGGACGUAG